AUGGCUUCAAGAAUUCCGUUGUAUAAGACAAACUCCAUUCGAAGAUGGACUGGCAUCAAUCGUCGACAGGAACGGGAUAGUACUGGCAUUGGAAGGAAAGAUAUAUAUUAUGAACAAUGCAUGCUAUCGUGCUAUCACAAUUGGAAUAACGCAUACUAUGGUGUUAUCACAAUUGGAACUCCACCGCAACAGUUUACUGUACUUUUCGACACUAUUUCCGCAGAUUUCUGGGUACCAUCCAUAAAGUGUCAUAAACAUUCUUGCCAUUCAUCUAAUAGAUAUAGACAUAAAAAAUCCAAAACAUACCAGUCAAAUGAUAAGCUAUUCAAAAUUGAAUAUGAAAAUGGGUAUAAUGUGACAGGAUUCUUAUCUACUGACUUAGUGAAUAUUGCUGGUAUUUCUGUUGAAAAUCAAACAUUCGGGGAAGCUACAAAUGAAUUGGGAUUCGGCGUCCAAUCGAGAUUUGACGGUGUUUUAGGAAUGGGAUAUUUUCCAGUAUCUGAAGAAGACACACCUUUUCUUUUGAACAUGGUGAAACAAAAUUUAUUGACACGACCUGUUUUUAGUAUCUUCUUGAAUAAUCGAGAAUUGCUGCCCGAAUUGGAUAGCGAACUGAUAAUUGGUGAUUCUGAUCCCUCUCUUUAUAUAGGCAAGCUUAUAUAUGUUAAUGUUACUAGAAAAGGAUACUGGCAUUUUACCAUGGAUAAGGUUAAAAUGGGAGGUACAACUUUCUGCGAGAAUAGCUGUUCAGCUGUUAUCGACAUAGCCACUACCAUGAUAAUCGGAUCAUCAUCGGAUAUCACAACUAUUAACAGACUGAUCGGGGCUACUUCUAAUGGAAGAGAAAUGAUAGUGGAUUGCGAUAGAAUUCGUUCUUUGCCUACUAUCUGUUUCUUCGUAAAUGGCAUUCCACUCAGACUCACUAAUGAGGAUUAUAUUAUUGAGUUCGAACAAAAGGGUCAGAAAAAAUGUAUAAGUGCUUUUGAGAUAGCGGAACCGAACAUAUAUAAGGAAUCAACGUGGAUUUUAGGUAAUGUAUUUCUUUAUCGGUACUAUACCGAGUUUGACACGGGGAACGAUCGACUUGGAUUCGCCGAAACAGAAGUUCAUGUUUAUUCAAAAGGUCAUAUACAUGAAUGUUGA